GAGACAGAAGAGGACACGUUCUGUUUCCGCGCAGUCGGACCGCUUUAGGUGCAGUGACAAGAGGGAAAAAACAGCCUGAGCAGAGCAAUUAGACAAAACUUUUACGGGGCGAUUAUCUGUCAGCGCGCCAUUCUCUUGCUCUCCCGCACUCUCUCUUUUUGAACGUCAUCCUGAGGUUGAAGUUACACAUUAUAGGAGCAGGCUACAAGUUUCAAAUGGACAGGCACUUGGAGACGGCUGGCUCAACAAGCAUGGGAUUAUUCUUGUAAUGUGGAUUGCUACUCCUUUUAAAAAAAAUAAGGAUCUGCUGCGGAACGAUGUGAGAGAUUGUGCGUCUUGGAUUCUCGUGUUUCUGGAUAUCUUGAAAAUUAUUGGCAACAGUUGAGAAGAAAGAAUUAAACACGUAUUAAGGAUUGUAUGCUGCAACCUUGGGACCAGCAUGGAUCUGCUAUUAAAACCCCCUUACUGAAAUAAGUUUUAGUCGGUCCACUUGUAUUGUUGUUUUGCCUCGUUGUUGUAAACUUCAUGUUUGAGAAGAAAUUGCCACAUUCGGCGGUUAAGUUUUGAAACGUCACUUUACCUUUUGGACUAGAUUUCCAACACCAUGAACUUUAUUGACAGUUUGACAUUAUUAUUUUUGACGCUGUCAGCUGUCAAGAGUGCCCACAUACCGAAGGAAACAGAAAGAGGUCCACAUGACGUGAUCCCCUUAAUGGAGGUGUACAACAAGAGUUUGUGUCAGCCUCGAGAGCUCCUGGUGGAAAUUCUUCAGGAGUACCCGGAAGAGGUGGAGCACAUCUUCAUCCCGUCCUGUGUGGUGUUAAAGCGCUGCGCUGGCUGCUGCUUAGACGAGUCCAUGCAAUGCACACCAACAGUCACCUAUAAUGUAACAAUGGAGAUUAAAAGAAUAAAACCCCAAAGGCAACAAAAUGACAUUUUCAUGAGUUUUACAGAACACAGCGCAUGUGAGUGUAGGUCAAAGAUAGAAGUGAAAGAACCGAAAGAAAAAAAAACCCGGAAAGGCAAGGGUAAAGGCCAAAAGAGAAAGCGAAAGAAAAACCGUGACAAAACAAUUCAUGAUGCUGUCUGUGAGCCAUGUUGUGAUCACUGCUCAGUGAAGAGAAAGCGUUUGUUUGUGCAGGAUCCUUCAACCUGCCGGUGCUCCUGCAAACACACAGACGAAUACUGUAAAGAACGCCAGCUAGAGCUCAACGAGAGGACCUGCAAAUGUGACAAGCCGAGAAGAUGAGAGAGGUGGCAGCACCAGAUGUACAAGAUGAAGGAGUAUUCUAGAAAUAUUUCACAGCACAGCACUUUGACCUUUGAACCGUAAGCUCUUCUUUUCUGUGGAAAGCAUUCCCCUUGGACUGAGAGAGAACAAAGAAAGACUGAACUCAAAGUUUCCUCCCUCUGUAUAUCUGUGUGUAUAUCGACCAUGAUAAAA